CCUCGCACUCUCGGUUCCACACGAUCGAUCGGUUCUUUGCCGCGCUGAUGCACCCAGAGCACGGAGAGGAAGGCCUUUACCCGAUCCUCCUCCUCCCACGAACCCUAACCCUGAUCCUAAUCCUAAUCCUAAUCCUAAUCCAAUUUGCUUCCCAUCUACCAAUACCAGUCUUUUUCCCCUAAUUGCCCUCCGAUUUUGAACGUUAGUUUCACCGAAAAGAUUUGAUCACGAAGAUUCUAAGUUUUGCCCCUGUUAUCAGAAGAAAGGACGAGAAUUGCUUUUGUUUCUUGAAAUUUUCGUUGCCUCUUUUGUUCUGGAAAGGAGUUGCUGCAGAAGAUGCCACUUUGGAGGUGCGGUUUGAUCCCUUGGAUGAACCGGAAGGUCGUCGAUCCUUUUCUCCAAAUAAUCAGAAAGGGUGCAGAGCCAAAACAGUUGGCAUUUUCUGCUGCUCUCGGCAUGUCUCUGGGACUGUUCCCGAUCUGUGGGGUCACUGUAUUUCUUUGUGGGAUGGCGAUUGCAAUACUCAGACAUCAUUGUCAUGCUCCCAGUGUAAUGCUUGCGAAUUUUGUUGCCACUCCAAUUGAGCUGAGUAUGGUGAUUCCAUUCUUGCGCUUGGGUGAACUCAUCACUGGUGGUCGUCAUUUCCCACUAACAUCUGAUGCACUCAGCAAGGUAGUUAGUGGUCAAGCCUCGCAAGGAGUGUUAAUUGCCAUAUUACAUGCGUUGUUAGGCUGGAUUGUCACAGUGCCUUUCAUCCUUGGUACUCUUUACAUGUUCUUGGUGCCAUGUUUCAAGUUUUUGGUAAAGAAGUUCAAUUCACAUCCUUCUAGCCCAAUGAAGCUGGUCCAUCCACAUACUGAGAUCAAGAUUAAGGUGAGGGAUGUUUAGGUUUUACCAACGAAAGAAAUUGGGAUAGAGCAAAGUUUCUAUGAAUAUCUGCCCUACAUGCUUUUCUGAUACCGGAAGGUGGUGCUCCUUUUGUUAUUUUAUCAUCAUGCCGUGCAAAAUGAGAUGGGGAAGCUUGGGCUUGGAUGACAGGCAGACUUUGGUUUCUUUCAGCAAAGCAGUGUGCUAUUUCUGGUCAGAAUAGCUUCAUUCUUCUUCCUUGUGAUAUUUGGAAAAUGUACAACUACUAUGUCUUUUAUUUUUAUUUUUGGCAAGAGAUAAGUUGUGAAUGCUGGAUUUGAAUAGACUUUCGAUGAUCUGAUAAAGUCUAUACCAACUAAGCCGGCUAACACUCUCAUUACUCA